CUUCUUCUUCUCCAUCCAUAUGUGGAUCUCAGCGCCAGCCUCCGCUUCUCCGGCGGCUUCGCCACCAACCCCUACCACACUAUCACAAAGAGGGAGGCAGCGACAGGGAUGGGACGAUGCAGAUAGACCGAUGCCCGUUUAUGCUUCCGCUCGUUCGGUCCCGGCAGCGGAGGGGACGUCGCGGGCCGCGGCGGAAGCCAGCGGUGUGAGCUUCCCUCAAAUGCGCGCUGGCUUAGCCUUUGAGCUGUUCUGUCACAGGGAAACGGGGCCGCCGGCAGUGGCGGAGAAGAAUGACGAGAAGGGAGGCGGUGAUGGGGAGGAUGGGUUGGGCGGUGAGAGGACUCGCGCACUGCAUGUUCCUCUCUGCUCUCGUUGGAUGGAAGAAGAAGACCACUUCUCUGGUAUUCGUUGUUUUGGAUAAGGAGCGACAUCAAAUUGGGCCAAUCCAAGGCCGGUUAGUGGACCGGCCCAAUUAUGCAUGGGCAAUCAUUCUUGGCUCCUGUGGGAGUUCAGUUACCUUGGCGAAGGAGAGGCGAGCUUGGGAGCAUUCCAGCUUGACACUUAAAUUAGAGUCAUUGAGGCUUUUGGGCAGCUUCUUUGGGCUCCAAUCCCUUGGGGGGAAAUAUUGCAGGAUUUUGGCCCUUGGAGAGAACCCAUUUUUUGCAGGAACAUCAUAGGUGGCAAAAGGUUCACUGAAU